AUGGCGACCGUGACGUUGCUGCUGGCGCAUCCGUCUGCAACAUGGCUGCUGCUGCUGUUGCUACCCUUACUGUUCUCCCCGACGUUCUCCGCUGUCAGACGACCACCAACCUCGUCUUUGAGAGAGGAACCCCUGGAAGAGGAACCCGCCUUCUCCCUCGGGGAGGAGCUGAUGUCGGUGCUGAGAGAGGAGGAGACGUUCUCUUCUCUACAGGAAAACCCAGCGGCGGCUGCGAGAGACGAUCCUUCUCUUAUUAACCUCGUAGAGCAGCAACCGUUAGCGCCGGAACCGUUCUCGGAUCCGCUAGAGGAACAACCGUUCUCCGAUCCGCUAGAGGAACAACCGUUCUCCGAUCCGCUAGAGGAACAACCGUUCUCGGAUCCGCUAGAUGAAGAACCGUUCUCGGAUCCGCUAGAUGGAGAACCGUUCUCGGAUCCGCUAGAGGAACAACCGUUCUCGAACCCGCUGAAUGGAGAAGCAUCGGCAAUCGACGACACACGCAGACGCGUCACCGAGCAGACGCCAGCGCCUUCUAAGACAAUCACACCGAAGGUAGAAGGCAACGUCCGACUGAUGGGCGGAAAGACGUCGGCAGAGGGAAACGUCGAGAUCUUCCACAUGGGGCGCUGGGGAGGCGUGUGCGACGACGAGUGGGACAUGUCGGAGGCGACGGUCGUCUGCCGACAGCUCGGCUUCUCCGCCGCCGUCCGCGCGACGCACGACUCCGAGUACGGCAUCGGCAAAAAGAGAUUCUGGAUGGAUAAUGUAAUGUGCGAAGGGGACGAGCCUCUUCUGUCCGCCUGCCGCACGGACGGAUGGGGAAGCCAUGACUGCAACCUGAGAGAGUCUGCGGGGGUCGUGUGCAUGAUGGAGGCCAACACGCCACCAGCGCCUCCGCAGCGCCCGCUGGGGAAGCAGCCCAGAAAGAAACUAAAGACACGGCGACUCCUGCGCUUCACGAGCCGCAUCAUCAACGUGGGCAAUGCAGAUUCCUUCCCUUAGCAGAAGCACCUCUGGGAGUGGCACCAGUGCCACAUGCAUUAUCACAGCAUGGAAGUGUUCACUCACUACGACAUCACUGAUCCAAAGACAGGCGUGAGAGUCGCGGAGGGACACAAGGCGAGCUUCUGCCUAGAAGAUAACUCCUGUAGCGAAGGUGUUACGCCGUCGUAUGCAUGCGAAGACUACGGCGACCAAGGUAUUUCACCAGGAUGUGCGGACACAUACCUACACAAUAUCGACUGCCAAUGGAUCGACAUCACCGGAGUAAAACCCGGGGUUUACAUAUUCAGGGUGUCGAUCAACCCAGAGUACAAGGUAGCUGAACAGAGUUUUGACAACAACGUGGCGACGUGUGAGUUGACUUACACCGGUUACCACGUAUCCGCGAGAAACUGCUACCUCAGCAGGCCCUAACCCAGACUGAUGCCUCUCCGCUAACUCAAAGAUGCAGCGAAGACCAGUGUAUAGACCAGCAUGGGAACUAUCAGUGGCGGUUCUAAUAGGAGCAUAGUAUCAAUAGUCGUCGACAAUAUAGGUAUAAGUUGGGCGUUUUACCUAAAUAUUUGGUUUUCAUAAAAAUUCGUCUUUUAUGUAAUUUACGCGAAGUUAAUAGUUGAUUAUAUUGCAUUAGUUAGUUAAUUAGAUCGCUCUGUAAUAGGUAAAUAUAAUUCGACGUUUUAAAGUGCUCGAGUUGAAACUAUAGAUACCUAGGUUAGAUAUCAGAAUCUGCAGAAGACGUUGCGGAUGUUGCAAGGAGUUGCACUUGCAAGAUGGCGGCAAUGAAAGUGGCUUUGUGGUUUUAAGGCCAAACUGCGUGAUAUUGACAUGCAUUUAUAACAUAUUUUAACUCCAUUAAUUUCGUGCUAAUGUAAUUUAUGUAAUUGCUUUUCAAUAUUUAAUUAACACGGAUAUUAGUAACUUUGUAUCAUUUAUUAUAUAUUUACGUAAGCAUUUGUCGUCCUGGUUAGGUAAUUUCCAUAAUAAUUAAUUAUACUGAUUAUACGUAAACGUUCUUUUACAAAAAAUUUACAAUUAGGUAAUUAAUGACUUGCUUUAUGAUAUAUUAGCGAUAUUUUUCUCGUUAUAUGGCAUAUACUUUUAUUGUUGUGUUGCCGGAAGUAACUAAUUUAGAAACAUUAUCAUUGUGCUUAGCUUACUAACAAGUUCUACUAUAAGUAAAUAGUAAAGUACAGCACGUCUUAGUAAACAAUGCAGUUUUACUACAGUUAUUUGUUUAGAUCAUAAAGUAAUAUAUUAAUAGCAAGUGAUGAGACAAAUAGACUUGCCUUUUCAACUCCGAAUACAUAUUUGAGACAUAGGUAUUGUUAGCCAUUACAUUUUGUACCACCGGGUUGCACCAAGGCUUUAAAUAAAAUAUUUGCAAUUAAUUAAAAA